AUUCCUUCGCCCGCAGACGAACAUACAGCGGUCGGUCAGCGGAGGGAGAGAGAGAAGAGAACAGAAGUGAAGAAGCCAAACGAGCCGGCGGCCAUGGCGUGGCGAGCGAGCUUGUCCCGGAGCGUGAAGGAGAUCCGUUUCCUCUUCUGCCAGUCUUCCCCCGCCAGCGCCCCCGCUCGGGAGUUCGUGAAGAAGAACUACGCGGACAUCAAGACCAGCAACCCCUCCCUCCCUUUCCUCGUCCGCGAGUGCUCCGGCGUCGAGCCUCAGCUGUGGGCGCGCUACGACAUGGGUGUGGAGAGGUGCGUGAGCUUGGGCGGCCUGACAGAAGCCCAGAUUGACAAGAAGUUGGAGGACCUCGCCAAGGCAGGAUAGUCGCUUAAAGCUAAAUAAUGUGAGCUAGCCAAGUUUUCUGGCGUUAAUUCUUCCCAAAUAAGAGAAACGUUUAGCAUGGCAUGUUCUGUUGUCUUGGUUUCCGGUACAUGACUGUCGAAUCAGUGUUCAAGUUGUGCAACUGAUUUCUGAGAAGGUACUAUCUUGUUUUUUACGGACCUAUUUCUCCAGAGAAAAAUCAAAUUCUGAGAAAUAUUGUCUUUACCUCUAAUCAGGAUUCACAGAUUGUCUUGAAA